AUGGAGGCUGCCACCUCAAUCCCGGGAUGGGGGUCCCCUAGUCCAUCGGCGGCUGACAUGCCUAACCAAGCCGUCGUCGAAGUCCAGGCCCCAAGGAAGAGGUUCCGCGUCCGUAAGGGCACAAAGAGUUGCUGGGAAUGCAAGCGGCGGAAGAUACGCUGCACAUUUGCAGCAUCCACGGACAUGCGUUGUACCGGGUGCAAGCGCCGGCGGACGGCGUGCGUCAGCCAGGAGUUCCCGGACGAAUCUACUGCUUUCUGUUCCACCGACAUCGGCAGACCGCCGGCUUACGGAGACAGACUCGGCCGCUUAGAAGCCUCCGUUGAGCUGCUGGUCAAGAGUUCCGGGGCCAAUGGUCGCAACUGCAGUGACCCUGGUAGUCCCUCUCGCGUCACCCUUCGGGACACAACUGGCUCGACCGACACUUUGCCCCAAGCGGGUUUCAUAUCUUCAGAGACUCCUGUGUGGACGUCGCCCAUCUCGCCCGCAGGAGAAGUGGUAGUGGCAUGCAAACUCGAUGAAAUAUCCCGAGCUCUUGCUGCGACUUGGCCGAAGCCGCAUGAACUCGAGAUGAUCUUAAGUGAGCCACUUAGCGACGGCAUAUCCUUUUUGGAAAUCCUUCAUAAGAUCGGCUACAUUCCCAGCGCUCCGUCUAGUGAGGGCUCACCACCACAAAGCGUGCCCCUUAUUCCGCGGCCGCGAGACAUGUUGCAGCUGCCACCGCCAGGCUCGCGCCCUGUGCUUAUUGCAAAGAAGAUCUUCCUCCUGGGUCUCUACACUCAAGGCAUACAACCCCAUACCAAGUAUUACGAUGCCAUGUCCCGCAUGGUAGAAGCCGCCAUUAGCCUGGUAACGACCAGGGACGAGCUCACCAACUCCCUAGAAGGGAUAGAGUGCAUUGCUUUGGAGUGUCUUUACCAUGAGGGUGCUGGGAAUCUUCGCCGCGCAUGGCUUGCAAUCCGCAGAGCCAUAGCCAUGUCCCAGAUCAUAGGCCUCCACCGCGGCAAUGCCACGAGCUUGUCUUUAGAAGCUCUGGAGCCAGAAACUCGUGAGCGGGUUGACUCUGAGCACAUGUGGCUUCGAGUUAUGCAAAUAGACCGCUAUAUCUCCCUGAUGCUGGGCCUGCCGCAUUUUUCACCCGAGAGUGUCCCCGCCCAGCCUGAGUCGAUGGAGCGAUGCACCCCGGUAGAGCGGAUGCGGCGUCUUGACGCGGUAGCAGGAGGACGCAUCCUAGUGCGCAACCAAGACGACAUUAGAGACGGAGUCACCGAGACGCGUGAGAUCGACCAACUACUUCAAAGGUCCUCAGAAAUCAUGCCGCCUCAGUGGUGGCUGUCCGGUAGCGAGGCCACCAACUACCAAUCCAAUCAAGGGGAACAAGAAGGCGAAGAGAUACAAAUCCUGGAAGCGACAGUCCGCAUCACAGAUCAACUCAUCCACUAUCAGCUGCUUGUCCAACUUCACUUCCCCUACCUUCUCUGUUCUUCCACCCAAAGCAAGUACGAUUAUAGCAAGAUGACAGCCGUCCAUGCAAGCCGUGAGCUCCUUCGCCGCUUUCUUGCCUUCCGCGUUAUUUAUCCCGUCAGCUCCUACUGCCACGGUCUCGAAUUCAGCACUUUCAUAGCGAUAGCGGCACUUUGCCUCGCUCACAUGGAGGCACGCCGCCAGGUUCUCGCCGAGGAGAUUGCCACCAAGAGCAGCGUGCUAUGCUUUCUGACACACCAGCGACCGGCUGACCGGGGAAUGAUGGAGCGAGCGGUUGAGAAUAUGGAGAGUUUGGCCGCUGCCCGUAAUAAUAUUCUUGUAAAGAAGGCGGUCGCGAUCCUGCGGCAUCUCCUUAUUAUUGAGGCGGAUGUUGCAGCCGGCGGAUGGUACAGCGCGGAGUCUUCACCUGCAAAGACACAUGAUACUGAGGAGGAGUUUGGCGGGCUUAGUGAGGGUGGAAAUGUGCUACAAAUCCUCAUCCCGUACUUUGGCACCGUCAAGAUUCGCCGCAGCGGGAUUGACACCUCCAUUUCAUCACUGAUGCCACCGCCAUCAGGGGGCCGAAACGAGCACGCAGAAUCCAACACGCAGAGAGCCUCCGCGAGGACUAGUCAUCCCGCUGUCUUCAGCCUCGAUAAGAACUCACAGGAUGCACAUAUUCUUAUGCCCGAGUUCGACACAGGGACAAGCGAUUGGGCUUUGCAGGGCAUAGACGUGAGCUUUCUCGGUGACCUCGCGGGGACCGGGACGGAUGCGGUAGUAUAA